AUGAAGGCAACACGCACAUCCUUUUCACAUCCAUCCGCAAACACUCACCAUGUCUCUGCCCCAAAGCAAGUUGAGAAUCUUGCCAACAAGAUCGGUAACAGACCAGGUGAAGAGGUCCUGGCCGUUGCUCACAUUUUCGCCUCCUUCAACGAUACCUUCGUUCAUGUGACCGAUCUCUCCUCAAAGGAGACCAUCGUCCGUGUUACUGGUGGUAUGAAGGUCAAGACUGAUCGUGAUGAGUCUUCCCCAUACGCCGCCACCAUGGCCGCUCAGGAUGUCGCUGCCAGAUGCAAGGAGCUCGGUAUCACCGCUCUGCACAUCAAGCUCAGAGCCACCGGAGGUAACGGUUCCAAGACCCCAGGUCCAGGUGCCCAAUCCGCCCUCAGAGCUCUUGCCCGUUCGGGUAUGAAGAAUCGGUCGUAUCGAGGAUGUUACACCAAUCCCAACCGACUCUACCAGAAGAAAGGGUGGUCACAGAGGUCGUCGUCUAUAAGCAGCUAG